UUUAUUUCUCUCACCAAUCAGCGCAUUGUGGGAGGGGUCUGCAGAGCGCUGCUGUAACCGGCUUUGGGUUUCGCUUUCGCACAGAGGGAAACGACACGGAGCAGCCAUGUCUAUUAUGUCAUAUAACGGUGGGGCCGUCAUGGCCAUGAAAGGAAAGAACUGUGUGGCUAUUGCUGCUGACCGCCGCUUUGGAGUCCAGGCUCAGAUGGUGACUACUGAUUUCCAGAAGAUCUUCCCUAUGGGAGACCGCUUGUAUAUCGGAUUAGCUGGUCUUGCAACAGACGUACAGACUGUGUCCCAACGUCUGAAGUUUCGUCUGAACCUUUAUGAAUUAAAGGAAGGAUGUCAGAUUAAACCCAAAACAUUCAUGAGCAUGGUGUCUAACUUGCUUUAUGAGAGAAGGUUUGGCCCAUACUAUGUUGAACCUGUCAUUGCUGGCUUGGACCCCAAGACAUUUGAGCCCUUUAUUUGUUCAUUGGACCUAAUUGGUUGCCCGAUGGUAACAGAAGAUUUUGUUGUGAGCGGAACGUGCUCGGAGCAGAUGUAUGGAAUGUGUGAGUCCCUUUGGGAGCCAGAUCUGGAACCAGAGGAUUUAUUUGAAACAAUCUCUCAAGCCAUGCUAAAUGCAGUGGAUCGUGAUGCAGUGUCUGGAAUGGGAGUUGUCGUACAUGUAAUAGAGAAAGAUAAAAUAACCACAAGAACACUGAAGGCACGAAUGGAUUAAAACACUUCAUAUGUUCUGGAUUCUCUGAUUUCGAUCAAUACCUUUUUUUUAUUAUUAAAAAAUUAUAUAUCCACCAA